AUGCUUGGCCGUGUGUUUGUGCGACCAGUGGUGCGCAGUGGCGCGCUGCUGCAGGGUGUGCGUUGCCUCUCUGUGUCGGCCUCUGCUCAGGGCCAACGCGUGGGGUUUAUUGGUCUUGGAAACAUGGGUGGGCACAUGGCUCGCAACCUGGGUCGUGCCGGCUGCUCUCUGGUUCUUCACGACGUCAACGCGGACAUUGCCAACUCGAUUGCGUCAGACUGCGCCGACGCGACCGUUGUGCACACGGCUGCCGAGGUCACUUCGCAGGUCGACACCGUCGUGACCAUGCUUCCUGCCAACCAGCAUGUGAGCGGUGUGUACCGUGAUGAGGCCGGCAUCUUUAGUGCCAUGCAGCCCAACUCCCUCCUGAUUGACGCCAGUACCAUUGACCCUCUUCUGUCCAAGGACCUUGCUGCAGAGGCCGCCAAGCGCGGCGCCGUCAUGAUUGAUGCCCCCGUCUCUGGCGGUGUUGGUGGCGCAGAGGCCGGUACACUGACGUUCAUGGUUGGCGGCACUGACGAGGCCUUUGGCCGCGCCAGCGACGUCCUCAAGCACAUGGGCAAGAACCUCGUCCACUGCGGCAGCAACGGCACGGGACAGGUUGCCAAGAUCUGCAACAACAUGCUGCUCGCCAUUGGCAUGAUUGGUACCGCCGAGGCCAUGAACAUGGGCAAGCGUCUUGGCAUGGACCCGAAGGUGCUUGCUGGCAUCAUCAACACCUCCACGGGCCGCUGCUGGUCGAGCGACACAUACAACCCCUGCCCCGGCGUCAUGGAUGGCGUGCCCUCCAGCCGCAACUACGAGGGCGGCUUUGGCACCGCGCUCAUGGCAAAGAAUCUUGGCCUGCCCAUGGACGCUGCUGGGGAGUCAAAGGACGAGAUGGAAUCGUUCUGUGAGGGUGAGUAUGCUGGCAGGGACUUCUCCUCCGUGUUCAAGAUGCUGUCUGGUGAAGGCCUGAGCAAGGACAACUGAUCCAGCACACACACGCAUGCAGUGCCUUUUGUCUCUCUCGCUUCCCCACAA